AUGGCGUUGCAUCACCGGUCGCGGUCUCCGUCGACCCCUUCUGAGGGUGAGAUCAUUGAAUCAGGUUCUGAGAUGAAGGCAACUGCCUCACAACCUCCUUUAAAUGGCACCAGCGUUGACCGUCCCCUCAGAGAUAGCACUUCAUCGGCGCUCAGAUCUCCCUCGUCCCUAAGAGGCAGUACAUCACCACGCCGACGGAAAUCCUGGUCACGGUCGCGGUCAAGAUCCCGAUCCCCGUAUCGCGACAACAGAGGCUACAAGCGCAGACGCAACGACGGAUAUGAUGAUUACGAAACUAGUCGCGCUCGACACGAGCCUACCCGCCGUUAUGGGUCGAGAUACGACGAAAGAACCCAGGAUCGAGCCGUACCUCCCCGCCGCCCGAAGUCGUAUUAUGACUACGACCGCGAGGAGGGUUACGGUGGCGGAUUGCGAUAUACCGACGACCAUGAUCACGAUUCGGGAAAAGACAAGCGACCUCGCCCCCGGAGCCGAUCUCCUUAUCGCGAAAUCCGGAAGCCUAAGCAAUACGACGAAUCAUAUUCGAAAGCAAACGGGGUAUUGCCUCCAAAGGACACCAAGAGGCGCAGGCCGUCUUUUGAACAGGUGACGAGUGAGAGAAAGGCUCCUGCUAGUGCUCGAGACUCUAGGCUUGAUGCUGAAAAACGAGAGAAUCAGGUGCAACAGGUUCUGCCCAGGCGAGCCCAUUUUGCUGACGAAUCGGAGACGCCUGAAACGGCAGAAGAGCCGCAGUCGGCUGAGCCGAUUGACGAAGCCGCUGCUUUGGAAGCCCGUCGGAAACGGCGCGAGGCGAUUCGAGCGAAAUAUCGGAGUCAAGCAACACCCUUACAUUUAAAAGCCGUUCAUGCUGAUGUGGAUACGGAUUCAUCUACACCCGGCGCAGAGCCCGCCAGCGCAUUAGACAAGUCAGGUAGGCUUCGCGACCCGAGACACGAUGGUACAAAGCCAACUAACCUCUCUGCUGUAACCGUAGGCUCACCGCAAUUGUCUCCGUCUCAGACACCUAAUGAUCUGGCUGGAGAUUCUUUCCCUCGCUUUAACAUUGGCAGGGACGCCGACCUCGCCAAUCCUGGAACUCCCGUAGAUAGCUCUGAAAAAGACGAGCCUUCCGCUGCAGAUUACGAUCCUACAUUCGACAUGAAAGAAGAGACACAAAAGCACAGGGGAGUUCAGAGCUCGAAAGACGAACUAUCAUCCGCUGCCUAUGACGAGACAAUAGCCGCAAAGCAGGACAUUCUGAUCCCCGACGUUGCCCCUGAGCAACCAGCACCAGCACCACCAAAGACCAAGGAUCCUUACGACAUGUUUGCUGAGGACGACGACGAUGACAUGUUUGCCGAAGACCCGAAAGAUGACCAUCCUUCUCAUGCAUCGGCGAUGGCUGUCCCGCAGCCCCAGGAAUUAGACAUUAGCAUGAUGGACAACUGGGAUGAUCCCGAAGGGUACUACAACGUGCGGCUUGGUGAGUUGAUCAACGGUCGUUAUCAUGUCACCCAAACCCUCGGCAAGGGAAUGUUUUCUGCUGUCGUACGGGCCACCGACUCCAAGACCAACAAGCUGGUUGCUAUCAAGAUCAUUCGCCAGAAUGAUACCAUGCGCAAAGCCGGUAUGAAAGAAAUUGAUAUCCUAGAGCAACUGCAUGAGGCCGACCCAGAAGACAAGAAGCAUGUCAUCAAGUUCGAGCGCUACUUCGAACACAAGGGUCAUUUGUGCAUGGUCUUUGAGAAUUUAAGUCUGAAUCUUCGCGAGGUUCUCAAGAAAUUCGGACGCGAUGUCGGAUUGAAUCUAGGUGCCAUCCGUGCCUAUGCUCAGCAGAUUUUCCUAGGACUCAGCCUCAUGCGCAAGUGUAACAUCUUGCAUGCAGAUCUGAAGCCAGACAAUCUGCUUGUUAAUGAGCAGCUCAACCUCCUGAAAGUGUGCGAUCUGGGAUCUGCAUCGUCCGCCUCGGACAAUGAGAUUACUCCCUACCUCGUCAGUCGUUUCUACCGUGCUCCAGAGAUUAUCCUCGGCAUUCCUUAUGAUUACGCAAUUGACGUCUGGUCCAUCGGAUGCACCCUUUUCGAGCUUUACACCGGCAAAAUCCUCUUCACCGGUCGCAACAACAAUCAAAUGCUCCGUUCCAUCAUGGAGUGUCGCGGAAAGUACCCGCCUAAACUCCUGCGGCGAGGAUCUCUCGCCCACCUCCACUUCGAUGACAUGCUCAACUUCCACGGCACAGAGGAAGACAAGAUCACCGGCCGUCUUGUCACCAAGAUUGUGGAUUUCAAGAAACCGACUCGUGAUAUCAAAACCCGGCUCAUGGGCAAGGGCACGCGCGGAAUGUCAGAUGUCGAGGUGAAAGACUUGCAAUCAUUUGUGGAUUUCCUGGACCGUUGUCUCAGUCUGAACCCUGAGAAACGUUGCACCCCUACCGAGGCGUUGAAACACCCUUUCUUAACCCGCAAAUAG